GAAACGUCACUUGCCACGUCUUGACACCGCGGACGCGCUUGUUCCACUGAGUGAGGGGUUCUACAAGGUUUUCAGAACUAUCUUUUCUCCAAGAAAAACCUAUCAUUUUUUUUGCUGAUAUCAGUUCUGAAAUGUUCCUGGCUUGUUUGAGCUGGUUUUGCACCUCGCUGCUAGUGUUCGUCAGUGGAGGGAAACUUCCAGAAGCCGAGGUAAAAAUCACAGUUCUGCACAAACCUUUCCUCUGUCAUCGCAAGUCCAAGUACGGAGACAUUCUGCUGGUACACCAUGAAGGAUAUCUUCAAAAUGGAACUAAGUUUCAUUCCAGCUACUCCCAGGGAGACAAGCAGCCUGUCUGGUUCACUCUGGGUAUUAAAGAGGUGAUAAAGGGAUGGGACAAGGGUCUGCAGGGGAUGUGUGCUGGAGAGAAGAGGCGCCUCGUCGUACCUCCCGCCCUCGCUUACGGCAAGGAGGGGAAAGGUAAGAUCCCACCAGAGAGCACCCUGACUUUUAACAUCGAGGUGAUGGAGAUCAGGAAUGGACCCAGGUCGCAUGAAUCCUUCCAGGAAAUGGACCUCAACGAUGACUGGAAACUCUCCAAGGACGAGGUGAAGGAGUACCUGAGGAAGGAGUUUCAGCGUCAUGGUUACCCUCCCAACGACACCCAUCAUGAGCAGAUGGUGGAGGACAUCUUUAAGAAGGAGGAUGAGAACGAGGAUGGCUUCAUCUCGUCCAGAGAGUUCACCUAUAAACACGAUGAACUUUAACCUCUGACCUAAUCCCCUAUACUUACGGCACAGAGCGUGGUCAGGUCAAACUUGAGGCCUUACUUAGUCCUAUUUCUGUUCUUGGGUAAAAGUUGCUCCUAGUUGCACAGUUCUAGGAUCAGUUUAUGUUCCCCAUAUUGAACCGGUGUAGAACGUAGGAAACUGACCUUAGAUCAGUGUUAAAUGGCAACGUCCUCUUACAUCCGUCCAACACGGAAUCAGGUUACAUGAAAAUGAUAUGAUCGUUCUUACAUUAGACAAGCUGUGUGAAAUUGUGAUGCUUUUGUGUGUGUGAUAUUUUUGGUUAAAAUGUAUUUUAAAAGUUCGUUAAUAAACCGUUUAUGAACCA